AAGUGAUAUCUUGCCUCUCCUUUUUAACUCAAUUGGGGUUCACUUUACCAACCUUGAUCUUGUUCAUUUUCCUUUGUACCCUUCUCUCUUACACUUCUUUUAAUUUGGUUAUCUUGUUCGGACUCCACCAUAUAACCUUUUGGUCCAUCUUUAUUUUGUUUUGCUUUCUCUCUCUCUCUCUCUCUCUCUUUCUAAUAAGUAACCUAUCUAUCUGUCUUCUAUCCACCCAACUAUUCUCUCCUCCAAAUUCCAAUCAUGGCUGAUCCCUAUUCCAAUUACUUCAAUGGAUGGUAUAACCUAAAGCACUUACACCACUUAUCCACUGCCUCUUCAGCAUCUUCUUCAAAUCCAUCUUUAUAUUCAUCUUAUGGCUGCAAUUUGUACUCAUCAGGUAGCAUCUUCAAUAACACCAGCUCUUUUGCUCAGUAUCAAUCCUCACCUCCUUCUCCUCCUGUCAAAGAAGCUCUUCAGCUCCUUAGCCUAAGCCCAACAAAGCAUGAUCAUGAAAAGCAGCAAGAAUCACCUUCCAAUGCCAUGGACUUGGACAUGAACAAGGAUGAUCAUGAUGAUGAUGAAACCGUGACAGUGGCUUUGCAUUUAGGGCUUCCUAAUCCAAGCUCUGUUGAUUUGGUUUCAACUUUAUCGUCUUCGACAGAGAUCUCAUCAGAUAAAGAAGAAGUUACUGUUGCUUCUGGGUAUCAAACAACUAGCAGCAGUCUUAACAAGGGUCAGUAUUGGAUCCCUACACCUGCUCAAAUUUUGAUUGGUCCUACACAGUUUUCAUGUCCUCUUUGCUUCAAGACCUUCAACAGAUACAAUAACAUGCAGAUGCAUAUGUGGGGGCAUGGAUCUCAGUAUAGAAAAGGGCCAGAGUCUCUGAGAGGAACACAGCCAACCGCAAUGCUUAGGCUUCCUUGCUACUGCUGUGCACCUGGCUGCAGAAACAACAUUGAUCAUCCAAGAUCAAAGCCCCUCAAGGAUUUUAGAACCCUUCAAACUCAUUACAAGAGAAAGCAUGGAAUCAAGCCUUUCAUGUGCAGAAAAUGUGGUAAGGCUUUUGCUGUCAGAGGUGAUUGGAGAACUCAUGAAAAGAACUGUGGAAAGCUUUGGUAUUGUACUUGUGGGUCUGAUUUCAAACACAAAAGGUCUCUUAAAGAUCAUAUCAAGUCAUUUGGGCAUGGCCAUGCAGCUUAUGGUAUUGACUCCUUUGAAGAGGAAGAAGAACCAGCCUCUGAAAUUGAGCAAGAUAACGAAUCCACUCAGUGAAAUAGCAUGAAAUUGUCUUGUUAUGAGUUGAUAAUUGUUUUACACAAUCAUGGCCUAUCAAAGCAAGAACCCAUUAAGUAUUAGGUCACUUUGAUGGCCAGCCUCUUUUCUUAUUGUUUCUUUCUCUCUUGUUCUUUUUUUUCCCUAGUUCUUUUUCCCUUUCUUACCUUUUCCACAUUAGAAGUUAGUGAUUUUGUGGACUCUUGAAAGAUAAAAUGGUGGACUGAGUUCGUAUUUC